AUGGGCUCCGUGCUGGAUGCGUGGGAGGCUUGCUCCAAGAUCGAUACCGUCUUCAUUCUCGUCUGCUGCGUUUUUUGCUGGCCUAUUAUCCCUGCAGUUGGCUUGGGAUACUCUGGAUACUCGACUCGUCGCAGUGGUCUAGCCUCCUUCUAUCCUGGCCUGAUUGCCGUGAUCGUGUGCAGCAUUCAAUGGUGGAUUAUUGGCUAUUCACUGGCAUACGGCGAGGGCAACCCAAUUAUUGGAGGAUUCGAAAAGGCAUUCCACCGUGGAGUUUUGGCGGAACCAGUGGGAACGAUACCAGAGAUUCUCUUCUCGGAGUUUCAAUUGAUCUUCUGUGCAACGGUCUGCGCUAUUGCCGUAGGAGGAGCGUGUGAACGUGGAAGACUGCUUCCGCUGUUUCCAUUUUGUUUUCUAUGGAGCACUUUCGUGUACGAGCCACUCGCGCAUAUGGUCUGGUCCGAGAACGGAUUUCUAGGCAAUCUAGGCGUGCUUGACUUUGCUGGCGGAACCCCGGUCCACAUAUGCAGUGGUGCAAGCGCAACAGCUCUCAGCGUCUAUUUAUCCUAUCCACUAUUCCGCUCUAAGAAGUCUGCCAGGCGCACGCCUCAACAUCUGAAAUUGCAUAGACCCCAUAACAGCAUGUCUCAGUUACUUGCCUUGGUCAUUAUCUGGAAUGCCUGGUUGGCCUUUGAUGCUGGAACCACACUCUCGCUCAACUUCAAGAGUGUGAUGGCUGCAUGUGUUACUAACACCUGUGCCGCUGCAGGAGCAAUGACGUGGGCAUUCAUUACUUACUGGGAAUCUGGGAUCUGGAGUCUCGACAGUACCUUUAUGGGCGCAAUCGCAGGCCUUGUUCUAAUCACUCCCAGUGCCGGCUUCAUUGACAUGACUACCGCGUUCUUCUUCGGCGUACUAGGAGCCGUGACAUGCAGACAGGCUUUGCGCAUCAAAUUUACGAAAACGGCUGCCAAGUGGCGCUGGGUGGACAACGGAGACACUUUUGCGACUCACUGCAUUGGUGGAUUCAUCGGCACAAUUAUGACCGGGCUCUUUGCCCAAAAAGAGGUCGCUUCCUAUGACGGUUUUACAUACAUUGCAGGAGGCGUCCUGUUCGAUGGUAACUGGAGACAGCUAGCUAUUCAAUGCCUUGAGGCGGUCAUUGGGUUCUCCUGGAGCUUCGUUGGGAGUUACACAAUUUAUGCGCUCAUUGAUUGUGUUCCUGGAUUUGAGGUUCUUGCAACUGAUAGCGAGAUCAUAUCCGGAAUGGAUGCCUCUCAGAUGGAUGAGUCGUUAUAUGAAGCUCAAUGGGAGGCUGAAGCGGAUUAUCAUCCCUUUGAGGGCUCUGUCCGGCUCGAGUAA